CUACAUCCCUCAUCCACUCCAAAAGCAACUCACUCAAUCCAGUCUAAUUCAACCCAUACUUACAAUAAAGAAGUUUCCUCUCAGUCAAUAUGCCCACCACUACUUCACCCCCCAAAACAAUCCUUAUAACUGGUGCCGCGCGGGGCAUUGGCCUCGCAACAGCCUAUCAAUUCAACCGCAUAUACCCAACCGACAACGUAAUCCUAGCAGAUCUCUCCGUCUACCAAACCACAGCCGAAUAUCAGAUUCGGACGUCAUUCUUGUAUCCCGACCAUGCGACCUUUCUUCCUGUCGAUAUCAUGGAUUGGGGACAGAUGACGACGCUGUUUCGGACGAUUGUGGAGCGUUACGGUGGGUUGGAUGUGGUGGUUGCGAAUGCGGGAGUGAUGGAGUCGAAACCCGUCUUGGAUCUAGAAGAUGUGGAUGAGGAAACGGGGGAAUUGAAGGAGAGUGUAGAGGCGUGGUGGGUCCUGGAUGUGAACUUGAAGGGGACGGUCAAUAGUAUGUGCUGUUGGUUUGAUCUUUGGGUUUUGCGUGGGAACUUGCUAGUCGUUGGUCAUGAAGCACUUCGAUUGGCAAUGUAUCAUAUGAAAGAGAAUGAACGGCCCGGCUCCGUCGUGCUGGUUACUUCCACCUCGGGGUAUUUUGGAGGCACGGGUGUCACGGCUUAUGUGGCCUCCAAACAUGGGGUUGUGGGGUUGCUCCGGGCAUCGCAGGUUACAGCCCAGAAGUAUGGCAUCCGCGUUAAUGCCGUUGCGCCGUUCAUGACCCCGACGACCAUGACGGCUGGUUUGGCACAGCGCUGGAAGGAUGCCGGGCUCGAGACAAACGCCCCCGACCGCGUGGCAGAGGUUAUUGAGCAGAUUGCAUUGGAUACGACCCGGAGGGGGUCUUGUACCCUGGUUGCUGGAAAAUAUCUCCGCGAGAUGGAAUCCACGAGGGCGGAGCUGCUCCCGACGUGGCUGGGCGAAGACGUCGCUGGCUUUAUGGGGAAAGCAAUGCGAUUUAUCACGGAUAUCGGAGGUUAUGUGCUCCCCGGUCGAAACUAGA